AUGUACAAAUCAAUUUUAAAAUAAUUAGAAAUAAGUGAUUAAUAAUUAAACUUAGAUAUCAUUAAUUACUUUAUGUAUUCAUUAAAAAGAGUAUCAGAUGAUUCAUAAUUAGUUUUUAAUUAUAUUGAAUUGAAUAAAAUUGAAAAGACAAUCAAUUAUAUCAUUUACAUUUAUAUAGACUAAUCUGUUAUUAAGAAAACUAUCCCAAUUGAUAUUUUUAAUUUUGAAGGAAUUUGGAUUUUCUUUUAUUUUUAUAAUCAUUAGGAUAUUAAUUAAAUAUCUUUUUAUUAUUAUUAAUCUAAUUUAGAUUAACUUUAUCAGGACACAUUAGAUAAAAUGUUGAAAGUAAUAAAAACAGGUAUGAUUUAAAGUUCAAUAAGAUAUUUUAAAAAUAUUUAAAUAUAAGAAUCAAAUAUAAUUACAAAUCCAUUUGUUGGUAUAAUUAAGUAAGUUGAAACUACAUCAACCAAUAUUUUAUAAGAUUUAAAUUAAUUUAAACAAAUAUGUUAUAUAGAAUUAAAUUGUAUUUAAUUUAAUAUUUAGAUCACAAGAUAUAAUUUACGUUUCACAGGAGGGAACAGUAUGUUUCAAUAAAUAAACAACAUUUUAAUAAAUACUUAUAAAAUUUCAGGUUGGGUUAAGUAAAAUCAAUUAGAUUAAUAAAUCAAACUUGAUAGUGCAUUAACAAGUAUAUCAAUAAAUUAUAGAAAUACUCUUGAUUAAGAAAUAUAUUAUUAAUUGUUAUCGAUUUUGUAUCAUUAACAUGCAAUAAUAAGUUUUAAUGGUUUCACAGCAUCAACCUAUAGUUACUCUUUUCCUCAUACAUAAUAAUAAGAUUAGAUUGAAACCUUUAAGAUUUUAGAUGAUUCUUUGAAAGAUUUAUUGUCUCAAUGGCAUUUUAUUUAGUAUGAAGAAGGAUCUUCUCUUAAUUAAGGGAAACCUAUAUAUCGUGUUUACUUUCCUUAAAAUGAUCAAUUUAUUGAAUGCAAAUGGAAUAAUCCAAUUAAUCAUUUUUCUAACGUAAACUUAUAUAUUGAUAUUGGAGGGGAUAGAUUUUAUCCUUCUAAUUUUAAAGGUUAUUUAAGUGAUUGGAAAUUUUUUUAGUAUUGCUAAAAUAAUUAUGAAUCAUCAUAUGAAAUUCCUUGUCAUUAUUCUUGUUAGACUUGUUAAGGAAUUAGUGCUUUAGAUUGUUUAAGUUGUCAUGAAAAUUCAAAUAGAAUAUAUUCUCCAAAUCAUCAUCAAUGCAUAUGCUUAGAUGGUUAUUUAGAGACAUUAUCAUCAAUAGAGUGCAUAAGUAUUAUUCUUUUUAUCAUAUUUCUUAAGGGAUAUCAGAUUUUGAUGGAGUAUUUUAAUAAAAAUAUUAUGAAAUAACUUGUGACAAGAUUGGUUAUUAUUAAUGUGAUGAAUCGAAAAUUUAGUGUGAUUUUGGAUAUUUUUAAUAUCAUGAUGCUUGCAUAGCAUGGUAUAUAAAUUAAUUAAUCAUAGUCCACAUUUAUCUCAAAUUGAAAAGAACUACAAAUUAGAUUGUGCUUUAUGUUAUCUUAGUCCAAACCUUUUUAAUCAAACAUUUUUGUGUGAUUUCGAUUUUAUAUCAGAAAAUUCAGAAUCACCUUUCUUUUAUUAGAUGAGGUUCUAUUCAAUGGUUGAAAUGUACAUUUUAAUUUAAACUUAAGUUAUAAAAUAAAUUUUGAUAACCAUAAUGAAUUUUCACAUUAGAUUAUUGGGGGAAAAUACAUGUCUUAUAAUAAAAUGUAUUGUAAGGGUGGAUAUUUUUUAAAAAAAGGAGAAUGCCAAUAAUGUUUAGAGGGAUGUUAGUAUUGUUAAUCAGAAUUUUAUUGUAUUUAAUGUGAGUCUAAAUAUACUUUAACUGAUUAAGGACAUUGUAAAUUAUGUUAGAAAUGUGAAUUAUGCUAUUUUAAAAAUUAAGAAGAAUUCUGCUAGUAUGACUUUUAUUGUUAAGAGUAAUAAUACUUUUUAAAUAACUUAUGCAUAGAUUGUGGAUCAUAUUGUCAAAAAUGUAAUUCUUAUCAAUGUUUUUAUUGUAUAGAGAAUAAGAAAUAUUAUUUAAGUUUAGAUGGAAUAAAUUGUGGUUAUUGUUCAAUAGAUAAUUGUGAAUAUUGUUUUGAAUAUGUUUAUGAUAAUAAUAAUAAUUUAAUAGUUUCAAUAGAUAAAAAUAGAGAAUAUAUAUAAUGGGAUAAAUAUAAAAUACAUUUAGGUUGUGCUUAAUGUUAUAAAGGUUAUUAUUAUUCUUUUUAAACUAAUAAAUGUGAAUUAUUAUCUUAAGAUAUGUAAUUAUGUGAUAUUGCAAUAUAAUUAUAUUCAAAUUAACAUAUUUAAUGUUUAAAAAGUUAAUCUUUAAUUAAUUCUAUAUAAAAUAUAUAUUGUGAAGAUAUUCCAUAAUGUUUAUAAUGUAUUAAUAAUUAUUCAUAAUCAAUAAAUUCAUUUUGUAUCAUAUGUUAAGAAGGGUAUUAUUCAAAUAUAUAAACUGGAUUAUGUAAACAAUGUCCCAAUCCAUGUAAAACAUGUGUUUAAUAAAAUAUUGGGGUUAAUGAUUAUUGGAAAUGGGAAAUUAAAGCAUUUUAUUCACAUUUUAUUAAUUAGAAUGGUCAACAUCCAUUUGAACUCUAUGCUGUUGGUUUUGAUAUUUCUCAACAACAAAUUAUUUGCUUAAGUUGUUAAGUUAAUUAUAUCAUUUUUGAAAAUGUUUGUCUUCCUGAUUGUGAUGAUGAUUGCGAAGAUUGUAGAAUUAGAAAAAAUAGCCUUUAAUAAUAUUAAACCCGAUGUGUUAAAUGCAAAUCUACUGUUUUUAAUAAAUAAAGAAGUUAUAAGUUUGAUAGUAUUCUAAGCUAAUAAGAAUCUUAAUGUUAAAGUUGUCCUAAUUAUUGCUAAGCUUGUUAUCCAAGAACUUAAUAAGAAAUUUCAAAAGUAAAUUUAUUUUUUGAUUAAAACUCUUCGUACCUAAAAUAUUCAUUUAAAUGCUAUUAUGUAGAUGAAAAUAAAAAAUAUAAAUACAUUUUGCCUGAAGUCUUAACAUUAUAAAAUUGUGGAGAAUUAUAAAAAUGUACAAAAAAACUAGAACUAAGUUUUAAAGUAUAUAACACUUUAGGUGAAGUAUAUGAUGCAUAACAAUAAGAAACAAAUUUAAAUUUAAAAUCAAUGUAUUAAUCUAUUUUAGAUAUUGUGGUAUAUAAUAAAUUGGAAUCUUAUGAAACAUCUUAACUGUUAGAAUAUUAUAAUAGCGAAAAUAUUGAAGAAAUAACAAUUAAUUAUUAAUUUUAAUCUCCAGAAUAUUAUCUUGAUUAUGGUUCUAAUUUAAAUAACAAAUUAAAAUAAAAUGUAUUUAAUUUAAAAAAAGUAAAUAUUAGAUUUUAUAAUAUAAAUUCUGAUGUUCUAUUUUCAACAUUUGAAUAUUUUAAACUAAUCAAUUUUGAUUAAAUCAUAUUUGAAAAUUUCAAUUUUAAAUCUCCUUCACCUUAUUUUGCAACAAUUAAUGAUAAUAUUACACAUAGUUUUUAAAUUUAAAAUAAACACUACCCAUAAAUUGUAAUUUUUAGAAAUGUAAGCCUAAUUUAAACUAUUGAAAACAACACCUUAGAUUUUUCCAUAAUUUGUAAUAGAUCAAAAUAGUUUACUAUAAUUGAUAUGAAUUUUAAUUUGAAUUUGACUGAUUCUGUAUUUUAUUAGUACUAUCCUUUUAUUAGUGCAGAAGGAUCACAAAUGAUUGUUUAAAAUUUAAAGAUUUUUAAUAAUUAUUUAAGAAAUACUAGUUUAUUUUACUUUUUUGCUGAAAAUAAUACAUUUUCUAAUAGUAUUAUCUAAUUUAUUAAUGUAACAGUUUAAAAUACUUUAUUUACAUAAAAUUCUAGUUUUAUAACUUCCAAUUUCUAAAAAAAUUAUGAUAUAGGCAUAAUAUAAUUAGAAAAUUUCACUUUGAUUGAUGUAAUCUUUGAAAAUUCAUCUUCCUUUAUUAGAAUUCUAUCUGGAAAAUAAAUUUAAGUUAAAAAUUUUAGACUUAAAAACAUUAAAUUUCUUGAUUAAUCAUCAUUUUUUAUUGGCAACACUUUUAGUAUUAUUGGAUUUGAUGUAGAAUCAUGUUAUAUAGAAUUUGGACAAAUAAUUACUAAUUAUGGUAAAUUAAGCGAAUCUAAAGAAGUAAGAGAAUCUUCUAAGGUAUUAUUUUUAGAGAAUAUUAAUUUCAUUAAUAAUAAAUAUCUUUAAGAAAAAGCUUUUAUUUAUGUUCUAUAAAAUCAAGUGGAAAACAUAAGCAUAACUGUUUAAAAUCUUUAUUUGUAUAAUAAUCAAUAUUUUAAUGUUUAAGUUGGUAAGCUUUCAUAUAGUUUUGUAUCAGGUGAUCUUAGUUAACUUUACUUUGAAUGUAGCUAUUGCAUUUUUGUAAAUUUGAAUAUAACUAGAGGAUUAGGCUAUCCAGAAUUAACAAUUAGAAAUAGUAAACUUGUUUAAUUGAUGAAAUUUACAAUUUAAUUAAAUCCUUAAUAUGAGCUUAAAGCUUUGCAUACAUCAAUUAAUUGUAUAAGAUAGUAUUACUUUUUUGAUUUACCUUUUGUUCUUAAUAUUUAAUCCUUUUUCAAAGUAUAUAUUGAUGAUGUUAAUAUAUCAGAUUCAGUUAUCAUCGAUUAUCCAUACUUUAUCUUUGAAGGAUAGAGUCUUAAUGAUUAGAUAGAACCUGAUCAAAUUACUAUUAAGAAUUCAAUAUUUGUUAAUAAUAUGUUGAUUAUCACAUAAUUAAAUCGACUCUCUUCAAUAAUAUCUAUCCAAACUUACAAAAACACUAAAAUUCUCUUUUAAAACAUUAAAUUUUAAGGGAAUUUCCUUAAUAAAUAUGAAGAUGAUACUUAAUUACAUUCUUCAUCUACAUUUAUAAUUGAAUCUCAAAUAGGAUAAGUGAUUAUUGAAGAUUCAUUGUUUUAAUAAAACACAGUAUCAAAUUCAUCUGAUUCAAAUAUAUAUAUAAAAUCAGAGACACUAUAUGUUUUGAAUUGUAUGUUUGUUAAUUAAAAUUAACUAUCUAAUUAACUAUUGCAAAAAUACUUGCUAAUACCUAUUGAUUAAACUAAUUAUAAUGAUGUAGUCAAUGAAAUCUUUUGGAUAAUGAGUUAAGGUGGAAGUGGAUAUUUCUUUAUCAAUGAAUUAACCAUGAUAUAAUGUAUUGUCAAUAAUUCUUUGGCAGUAAAUGGGGGAGCAUUUUACAUUAACACAAAAUCAACAGGUAAAAUUAUGAUAAGUAAAUCAUCAUUUGAAAAUACGUUAACAACUUUAAAUAGUAAUUAAUUUUCAUCUGGAGGGGUCUUAUACAUAGAUGCUUCUAAAAGUCGCUUAAAUCUCAGAAUAUCUGAGACAAGAAUAAAUAGAGCCUAUUCUCGAACUUAAGGAGGAGCUAUCUAUAUAGAAGCAUCAAUAAUUCAAAAUGAAAUCAUUUUCUUUAAUGUCUCUAUUGCAAAUUCAUUUUCCUUUAAGAGCUCUAUAUUAUUCUUUUCACCAAGUAAAUUACAAUCUCUUAUAUCAAAUAUUCACAUAGAAUAAUCUAAAUUUUAAAGUACUGAAAAUGAAUACAAUAUGUAUUUGUCAUAAAUUGAAGAUUUAUCUAUUUAGGAUAUUUUACCAUAUUAAAAAGAAAAUCCUGCAAUAUACAUUUCAUAUAGUAAUUUUACAAUAUUAAAUACUUCCUUUCACUAAAUUCAUCUAAUAAAUAUAAUAUAAAUAUUUAAUGGAAUUAAUGUUAAUAUUCUUAAUUUAGAGAUUAUCAAUUCUACCAUUUUUGCUUCAUAAAUUAUUAGAAUUACAUUAAGAUAAGGUAUAUAAAAUAUAAAUAUAUAUAGAUGUCAAAGCUAAACUAGUUAUUAAUAAUUUGAUUAUUAAAUCACUCACAAUUUAUGAAUUUAAAGAAUAUGAAUGUAGUUAGGAAACAUAAAUCAUAAAUAAUCAAUUAUUGUGUCCUACAGAUUUUCAAAAAAUUCUAUAUCAUCCAUCUAUCUAGACUAAAUUAAGAAAUAAUACAAAUUAAUUAAAUUGUAAUUUAAAUUUAAUUAAAAAAUAUUUUGCUAAUAACUUUAGUCUUAUUGAACUUAAUAAUUUUUAAGAACUUCAUUAGGUUUAAUUAGAGAAUAUCGAAUUUAAUUAAUGUCAUUGUAGUGAUUGUUAUUUUGGUUUGAUAUCAAUCUAGGAAUUCGAUUUUUCGUCUUUAAAAUUAAAAAUUAAUAAAAUGAAAUUAUUAAAUAAUACCUGUGGUAGUUUAGGUUGUUUAUCAAUAUUUUAAUCCUAAUUAAAUAACAAUGAGGACGAGAAUUAUAGAUUAUUAUAAGUCUAAGACUUAGAGGAAAUUGAAUUUCAUCAUAAGUAUAAUAUUUAGAUGAAAAUUGAGGAUAGUUAAUUUUUAUAUAAUAAAGCUUUGUACGGAGGAGCUUGCUAUAUUUCAAGUGUGAAUAUCUUAUUUGAUAAUUGUUAACUAUUAUAUAAUGAGGCUCAAUAUAAAGGAGGUGGAAUAUUUUAUAAUUCUAAUUAGACUCAAAUUACUGUCAUUAAUAGUUUAAUUAUUAAUAAUACUGCCAAAAUUGCAGGAGGUGUCUAUAUGAGCAAUGAUCAAAUGAUAUAACCAAAAGUUAUGAAUUUAUUUAUGAAAAAUAACAUGGCUCAUUAUUAUGGAAAUAACAUUGUGGAAUAUCCUAAAUAAUUAAAACUAUAAUUCACUUAAUAAAUACUUUUAGAUAACAAAUUAACCUUUAAAAAUAUUUCAUCAAUGAUUGAAGAAGCACAAAUUCAACCAUAUUCUAUUCUUGGAUAAGAGCAGAAAACUAAAACACUUUUAUUACCAUCUGGUAUUAGAAUUUCUAAAUAUAAAUAUUUUGAUUAUACUACUUAAUCCUACUAACACUAUAAUUUAUCUUUUAGAAUACUUGCUAUUAAUUCUUUUGGAGAAUAAAUUACUAAUCUAAGUAAUUCAUUUUGUUCAAUUUAUGCUUAAGAGAUUAAAAAUACUGAAGAAAUUGUCUAUUCUAAAUUAUAAAUUGAUCCUAUAAUUACAUAAUAAUAUUUAUCAAUUAACUAAAUUGAGUUUAAUUUAACAACUGGUGAUUAUAAUUUGGAUGAUUUGAUUAUUUAUUUUAAUCCUCAAACUGAUGAUUAAAUAUCUCUUUUAUUAGUAUUUGCAUGUGAUUAAAUAUAAGUACUUUAAUUUAAUGAAGUAUUUCCUUAUGAAAAAAAAAAUGUUAUCACUGAUUAUUAUUUAUUAGUAAAAUUAAGAACAUUUAAAUGUUAAUUGGGAGAAUAUUUAAAUUCUACAUCAGGAGGGUGUAUAGAAUGUGAUAUAACAUAAAAUCAGUUUUCAGUUACAAUAGAUGCUUUAAAAUGUGAAUUUAGAGAUGAAGUAAAAAUGAAAAGUUUACAGCCAGCUAUGAUUGAAUUAAGAGAAGGAUUUUGGAGAGCAUAUUAUUAUAGCAAUUUGAUAGAAGAAUGUUAUCAUUUGAAACUAAAUUGUAAAGGAGGGUGGUAAACAGGAGAUAAAUCUUGUUCUCUUGGUCAUAUAGGUGCUUUAUGUGAAUAAUGUGAUCUUUAUAAUACUUAAGGAUUUGGAUCUUUUUCUUUGGCUUAAUAAUACAGUUGCUCAAGUUGUGAAGAUAUGGCUGGUAAUAUUGCAAAUAUUUGUUUUGUACUUAUAUGGACUCUAUUGUCAGUAUUUUUAUCUGUAAAUAGUACAAUUAAAUUGAUUGAAGAGUUUACAUUUUAUACUAAAUUAAAAAUUAUUGUCAAGCACAUUAUUUUUUAAUCUUCUUAAACCUCAGUAUUACUUAAAGUGUUUACAAAUUACUUACAAAUUAUUAGUUCAAUAUCUACUUUCCAAUUAGCAAUUCCUGCAGGAAUAUUAUUAACAUUCAAAUCAGUAGGAAAUCCAAUAGAAUCUAUGUCAUUUUCAUUGGAUUGCUAUUUAGUUUAAAUGACUACAAUUCCAAUCUUAUAUUUUAGGAUUUUGUGGGGAUAUGUUAUGGUAGGAUUAUAUAUUUUUAUUUUUAUUGGAAUGCAUCUAAUUUUGUUAAUUUUUGAUAAGAAAAAAAAGAUGAGCAUUACUUUCAUAACUACAACUUUUAUUUACAUAUAUAUCUAUUUAUCUCCAAAUAUUAUCAGUGGUUUAGUUGCUUUAUUAUCAUACAGAAAUAUUUCUAAUGUAUAAUGGAUCACUGGGAAUGUUGCAUAUGAUUAUAAUACUGAGCAACAUUAUAAAUGGUUAUCAUUUUUUAUUAUACCAUCAUUUGUAAUAAUUAGUAUAUUAUUACCAAUGUUCUUUUGGUUUGUAGUAUAUAAUAAUAGAGCACAUUUAAACACAAGCAAAGUUAGAAAAAUUUGGGGAUAUUUAUAUAAUGAAUAUAAAGUAGACAUCUAUUAUUGGGAAACUAUAAAAAUCUUAUAGAAAGAAUUUAUAAUAUAUGUUUUAAUUUAUUAUGAGGAUUAUGUUGCUGUUAAGUCAUCUCUAAUAUUUUUUGUACUUUUAGUUUAUGGUUAUUUGACUAAUCAUUAUAAACCUUAUGAAGCUGGAGAUUUGAACAAAAUUGACAGUUUAUAAACAGCAAUUUGUAAAGUUUCAAUAAUUUUAUCAUAAACUAUUUACACUUCUUAGAGUUUGGAUAUCUAAGAAAUAGUGAUACCAUCUUAUUUUUUAUUGGCAUUACUUAAUCUAUUCUUUAUAGUACGAGUUAUCUCUAAAAUUUUAUUUGCUUACUUUGAUCGAUUAUCUGAACAUGUAGAUAAAGUAAAAUAAUAUAUCUCAUUAAAAUUUCCUUAUAUUGUAUAAAAUAAUAAAUAUUGUUUACGAUUAUUUAGAAAUUCAUAAGAAAGGAAAUAAUUGAUACGCAAACGAUUUUAAUUGAUAAAGAUCUAUCUAAUUUAGCAUGCUAGAUUUAUACUUAAUUAUAAAUAGUAAAUAUAUUAAAUAUAAUAGACUUAACAAUCUAAACAAUGGAGAUAUCAAGAUAUAAUCAGAGUUUGAAAAUAAUCCAAGUGAACAAUACUAAUCAUCAAGAAAUAAUAGUAAACUACUGAGGACUAAGAGCAAUUUGCUUACUGCAAGACUUUCAAGAUUUCAUUUACCAUUAAAGAGCCAAGAUAAUUGA